UUCAUUUUUACACUGAGAUGUUCUCGGAAUCCCAUCACCAUGGAACCAAUAUUGAGACUGAAAAGAAGAGAGGACUCCUUUCAUCAACCCGAAUGUCAUGGACACAAUUGGAUGAAGAUUUUCCAGAUCCAAAAGCUGUGGUAGACAAGCCUCUUUCUCCACCACAACUUGUGGACCACAAAGAAAAAAACCUUUGCCACUGGAUGGACUCUGGUUUCUACUUAUCUGAAAGCGAAGAUUUGCAAGAAAGCCAAGGCAAAGGAACAGCUCUUUCAUCUCCCUCAGGAAUGGCCCAAAUGACUGUGCAAAAUUACAUGCGAUCCCUGCAUCAGUUUUCAGAAAUGCCUGUCCUUUCACGAUGGAAUAGCGCUGGCUCAUCCCAUUCUCUUACCGGUGCCCCCAAAAGUGUCACUGAAUGGUUAGAUUUCUCGGAAAAGGAUCCAGUUGAGAUUCUGCUGGAUUUGGGGUUUGGUACAGAUGAGCCGGACAUCUGCACUAAAAUCCCUUCCCGGUUCAUCAGUUGUGCUUCCAUAGCUAAAGGAAUCAACAUCCGGGUCUUCAUUGAAGCUCAGAGAAAACGAAUGGAUAUAGAAAGCCCCAAUUUAUGUGGACGUUUUCGGCAAUUGGAAGUCCUGGAUCAUGUGACUAGCGCCUUUUCUUCUUUGCUGAACGACAUCAACACCAUGCAUCAUAAAUCGGAAGAGCGAACAGGAGAGGAGAGUUGUGCAGUGGGCUCCCCUAAGCGGAAACUUGUGGUCACACAGGCAAAGAGGAGGAGAAUAGGUCAACUCCUGAGAAAAGUGUCCAGGCAGACAACGAUGCAUGGGCCUCAAGUGUUCCGAAAUGCUGGCACGUGCCAAGCCAAAGAAGACAAUUCUUCUGUUGAUGUGGACCUGCACAUGGCAACGGGGACUGGCUUAUCUGAAAAUCCUGCCUUGGGCCCUCUGAAAGAAGAACAGUUUCCAAGCGAGAAGGGGGCAAAGGCUGCACAAUCCAUAGCAAGUAAACCUUGGAUGUUGCCCCACCUUCCAGUGAAACUGCCUCAUCUUCCUUCCACCUCUGAGAUGCUCAUUAAAGACAGGCCACGCAAAGAACCCAAUAUGCUUUUGACCCAUACGCUCAGGAGAGUGUCUAGCUUGAACUGCAAGCCUUCAGAUUCCUUUGAAAUGGAGGAGAUUCAGAGCUUUGAGGAUGAAUCUUCCUGGGGAAAUCCUCUUGAAAGCACUUCAGAUGUGAUAGUGACAAGAACAAACAGUUGCCAGUCUGACAGCAGUGGAUUUCUGGAAGAUCCUUCAGAGCCCUUACCUCUCCAGGGCUUGUCUCUGCCUGGUAAUUUGAGACUUAGCUGCAGUUCCAAUGAUUGUCAAGCAUUCCUGCGACAGAGGAAAGAUUCAGCUCUGACUAGCCAGGAUCUUCUGCCCAGUGCUAGCAUAUCGAGAGCAGAUGGUAGCAAUGCUGUAUUCUUGCCCAGCCUCAGCAGAGAACACACUUUUCAGGGAGAGGAGAUAUUUUAUUCCAUAAAUGAAGAAGACGACAUGUGCGAGACUUUCAGUGGUCCGUUUGAAAGCGCAACUGAAGAAGCCCUACAGGAUAUGGAUGAGAAGGAGUUGCAAGGACAACAGAAGAGAGAAGAUAGUUGUGUACAGGGCUGCACUUCACAACCUUGUCAUGCUGACAAUACAAAUCUGGGUGAUGCUAGCCCUUUAGAUAGGAACGGCCUCUCCUCUUCUAGUGAAAGGCACCAAAGUGUAAGUUCUGCUCUCACAGAGGGAAGCUGUGCGACUGCCAUUGGCCUCAGUGGCCACCAAAUCAGUAAAGAUGCAAGAGGAAGUGAAGAACGUUUGACUGAAGGAGAAGAAACGAGAGACGGAUGUGAAGAAGGUGUUCCCGAAAGUAUUGCAGAAUGUGUGGAAGGAAAGUGCUCUGCGAAGGGUUGUAGAAAGUUGGACUCUCUUGUUGUGGAGGAUGUCGCAAGCGGGUGUGAGGAGACUGAUAUAAAUGGGGCGCUUAGAUCUUUGGGUAUAUCUGGGGCACCCAAAAUUGAGCACGACAUGGCGGCUGCACAACCAGAGAUCAAUGCCAUCUUGAGAAGCCCUCUUCAUGAUUCUAGCCUUUCCCCUCACUGCUUCAAAGAGGGAGACGUUAGAGCCUCGGACACAUUGUCAACAGGUGCGGAACUGGGCGAAGAAGGAACCGGUGCUAAAACAAAUACUAGCCUUUUAAAAUCUGUCACCGUUCAGAUGCCUUCAAGACUUAUGUCAACGAUGCGGAGCUUCUCACUGGGUGAAGCUGCUGUAAAAGGUCAAUAUCUGGAUUUUGUAUCCAAGGAUGAGCCUCACAUUGCAUCAGUACCAGGUAUGCCAAAAGAGGACGAGAAGCAAGUGAGAGAAGCUUCUAUUCAGACUGGCAGGAGCCACAGAAAGAAAGCAGCUCUCCCCCUGUCUCAGAGUCUCCCUUUGUUUCAUGGGCAUGAACAUCUUGUGAAGUCUGCAUCUCUGGAUACAGGGCUUUAUGGGAAAUGCAUAUCUUACUGCCCGGAGCCUUUCAAUGCCUGGUGUGCCCAGCAUAGAGAUCCCUGCUACCCUUUGUGCUCCUAUCACUGCUGUUUGUUGUGGCCUUUUCCUUUAGCUCCUUCAUGCAGACAUCCAGUGGCCUGCUGCUCAUCUCAUGCCACCAUCGAACUGCAGCUUCUGAAAACUCUCAAGCUACUGCAGGACACAGCAAUGACAAAUAUUUCCUUGUGCACAGUCCAUGAGAUCGAAGUCAUGAGGAAUUCGUGCCAGAAGUUUCGAGAACGGCUGGAUGAGAUUGAGCGGCACAUGACAGAGCAAGAGGCUCUUUUUUCCAGUGCAAUCCCAGCUGAGGGGCGAGAGGAAAGAAGACAGUUGCAGGUCUUGCGGCAAGCUGUUCGCCGAGAGGUCGCUGAGCUGGAAGGGCAGCUGCAGGAUCGGGCUCACCAGGUUAGGGAGGGAAUUCUAAUGCAGCUGAAUCAGCUGUUAGGCGAACAGUCCAACCUGUGCUCAGAACUCGGAAUCCCCAAUCGGGCGGAAGAAAGAGAGCCUAAAAACGGUCACGCUCACAGUACCCUUCCAGAUACUGCCGACGAUUUCUUUUCCAAAGCUGGGUAUUCCAACAAUAUCCACCACAGGCCUCCGAGUAGGAGCGCAACAGUCCCAUCAAGCCCUUCCAGCUCUUUAGUCAGACAGACGGAGCUGGGAGCAUCAGCUGCUCUCGCAACCGGCAACGCCAAUUCUGCGUCGGACCCCAAGGAACUUCACACCAGUAAAAAAGAAGUCAGAAGUCAAAAGAUAGACUUCAAGGCCUUCAUACAGAAUCUGAAGAAAUCUUUCCGAAAUUCCUUCAGUAACGACGCAGCAGAAGGAAAAGACUGAGCCGAGG